AUGGCCGAAAAUGCGUCCUCCUCCAGUAGCGAAUCCGACGGCGGAUCCGUUCCCACCAUGCCGUCCUUGCUGGGACCAUCGGUCGCACUGUCGCGAGCCUGCGGUAAACCGGCCCUCUUUCAUCCGACGGUGGCAACGGUUUCGACUCCAACGCAAACGCCCGGCGCGCCCGGCCUGGUCACGGCCGCGAACUCGUCCCUCAUGGCCACGGGAGUGGUUAGUGGCCUGCGCGUCGUAGUGCUGCACCGGCAUAAUGGCGAUUUUGGAUUCACAUUGCGCCACUUCAUCGUCUAUCCGCCCGACUCCGUAACGAGCUCCGCCGCGGCCAGCUCGAUCCCGGGAGUCGGGUUGCUGAACUUCGUGCACCCAAUGGACACGGUGUUCGUGAAGAAGGUGCACCCGAAUACUCCCGCCUACCUGGCCGGGCUGCAGGAAGGAGACCGGUUGCUAGCGGUCAACGGUGUACCGGUUACCGCCAUGCCGUACUCGCAAGUGGUGGCCACCAUCCAGCAGACUCCGAAAACGCUCACCUUGCAGGUGGUGCCGAAGAACUUCGACAUACUACAAACGUUCUUCAGCGAAACUGCUCACAAUCCGGAAACGAACCAACGGCGGCCGCAACCACAGACCUUUGCGCCGAAGGUGCAGAAGCCCAAGCCGAAGCCACCGUUCGUGCCGCUCACGGUUGAGGGCGUGCAGGAAAAGCAGGAAUCGCUGUACAGCACCCUGCAGGAGAUCGUGAGUGAGAAUGGCAAAGGUGUUGGAGGUGCACUGGAACAGACCACCAAGCAGCAGCUGCCGACCAUUUACGCGGAUGUACCGAAAGCGCUCGUGAGCACUCUCCAUCAAGUACCACACAUCGACCCAACCCAACAGCAGCAGCAGCAGCAGCAGCUACAGCCGUACCGCUACCUGCAGAAACAACAGCAGCAUCCGUACCAGGUGAACCAAGCAGGCCCGACGGGGCAAAGCAAGGAGGACAAUGCAAUCAUGUCGCGGCUGCGCCGAAGCCUCGAGCAGAAGGAAGAGUUCUUGCGUCGUCCCCUGAUGCCGCCGCCACAGCCGGUGCAGCAGGAUGCGCUCGGUGGUGUGGUGGUCAAGGAGGCGAACCGGAAUUCGAUGUCCCCCUGUGGCGAUCGGGAUGUGCUGCAGCGUGAGUUCUACGGGCGACCGAACCGGUUGCAGAAGUCUGUCUGGCCGCCGGCCGCCGUUUCACCACCACCGAAUGUCAACGGCCCGCCAGCGCUCGUUGGGCCGCCGACGUUGCCGCCCAUGUCACCAUCGGCCGUGCCAUGGGAUGUGCACACUCCUCCGGCUCCCGCUAUUGAGAAGGCUGGUACGUUUGUCGGUACCUCGCACGCCUCCAAUCUGUCCGCCAUCCGGGAGCUCUUCUUUACGGGCGACGUGCGGGGGGCACUGGGCGUUGGUGGCAGCGGCGGCAGUGAGCCACUCGGCACCGCGUCACCGCUAGCUGGCGCGGCACCUGCGGGCGACGAUUCGUUCGGGGGACCGGGAGCAGGCGUGCCGCUGUCGCCGUACAGUAUGCACGUCGUCUCCGAGAAAGCGAAACUCUUCGAGUCCGGAAGGCCCCUCUCGCCGGAGGGCAUCGAUCGGAUGGAUCUCUAUAAAAGUGAAAUUAGCCGGAUCAAUACGAAACAGGUGGCACCGAACGUGGCCGUGCGGAGGCGAGAAUUUGAGCUGAAGGCCGAAGGUACCGGCUGGGGCAGACCGACCGCUGACGACCGAACUUCGUCGUCGGUGUGCUCCGAUUCCGACUCACAGCGGACACCGGUCCGCGUUCGAUCGCUGUCGGCUGAAACGAACCCAUCGCCACAGGAAGCGAUCGAUAAGUUCCCGACUACCGCUCCCGGGCCUCCACCGGGCGGCCCAGCGAACGAAGUGGUGCCGGUGGCGCCGCUGCGCCAGCACCGGGCGCACCGCAACGAGGACUCGCACCGAAAUGCGAUCUGCAGCUCGACAGCGUUUUGGUUGCAAGGGCCCGGUUCGCUGGCACUGCGGUCCGAGCCGCUGACGGCCGUGAGCGGUCCAGCGGUACACAGACUGCGCCCCUCGCUGUCGGAGGCGACCGGCGCUGAGCAGAGUAAGCUCAAGCUGAUGCACCGGAACCACACGAUCGUCGAGGUGCUUGGCGCCCACUACGAGCCACGCUUGUCACUGCAUGCCGCUAGCCAUGCCGAUGCCGCAAGUGCUGCAAGUGAUCUCACCGCUGCCGCUGCUGCUAUUACUCCUGCCGUUGCCACUGAUCACUGCCAUGGUUCGCCACCACUAGCGCCCCGCGUAACCUCCUUUCCCUCGUCGAAGGACCCCUCGACGAUUGGGCGUAGCUUGCAUGUGUUCAGCACAGAUGACCAACGCUGGCAGGCGGCGGAUAGUGCUGCUGCUGCUGCUCCAGGAUCGCACCAUCAACCAAACGGCUUCUAUCCUGGCCCAGCCGUCCGCAUGGCGACGCUAGAAGUUUCCACAGAUGGCCCCGGAUCAGCGUCGCCGGUUGUGCUGCGCCAGAAGCAGCAUCACCACGGGCAUCAGCAGCUGCACGAGGACGACGAACGCAAAAUGCGCCGGAUAUCGUACCUGCGCGCCACGGCCAGUGACAACCUGUUCCAGCUGAUGGACGCGGAAGGGGUCGCGGAGGCGGUUGACACACCACCGGUGGUCGAAGUGCUGCCCGUGGAGUCGUCGGUCAUGGAGGUGACCGGGCCGGGCUCCGCGGUACAGCGGCACGAUUCGGUGUUCCGUGGCGACCACGAUGAGCAUCCGAUCCUGCCACCACCGGUCAAGAUGCAAACGCUGCCGGCCACGGCACUAUCCUUUGCCGGUUCUCAGCCACCGACACAGCUGAAAAGCAGUGCUUUCCGCCCAUGGCGUAGGCCACACUUUACGAACGACAUCCAGCCGCUGCGGCGCCUUUUCGAUAGUGAUUCGGGCGAUACUGCUCCCGCCAUGGUACACCCAGCGUCAGAGCCGGGCGUCGCGGUCGUGAGCGCCCGGCUCCGGCUAGCGGACCCAGCGCCGCAAUCCGAUCCAUCGGCCAUCGCCAAACCGUCGCCGCCGCGAGCCCCGGUGUCGUACGCGCUGGAGAGCCGUACGGCUUCGAGUGGUGGUGGGAUGCGCCUAGUCGGGUCGGCCAGCAGCCUAGGCAGCCUGCACGUCGUCACAAUGACGAUGCCCGGUGGCCAGGUCAUGAGAAACUACUUCUUCGCCCCAAGCCACGGUGCCAAGUCGAAAGCCUUGUCGCACUUCCGGGACGAGCCGGCGGACGCAUCUGAGCCGCUGCUGCGGGCGGGCGAACUCUACGUGAAGGUGACGGUGAUCGACGGCAAGCGGUCGGUGGAUCGAAGCUGGCGCCAGGUGCACGCCGAGCUGCGCGGAACCCGCCUCAAGCUGUUGCUGGUCCGCGAAGGCAAAUCCUCGCUGCUGAGCCCGGAACCGUCCGGCACGAUCGAUCUGACGAACUUCCACGUAUCGGAAGGCGGCAAGCAAACGAAGCGCAAGAAUGUCAUCCGCCUGGCGACGACGUUCGGGUCGUACUGUCCGCUGGAAGCGGCCGCUGCCGCCUCAGCUACCAGCACCACCAGUUUCCCGAACCAACCGCAGCAGCAGCACCAGCAACAACAACAACGUUAUGUUGAAGUCCCGUCAACAUCCGGGCUGGCGGUGGCACCGAGUGACACCGGCACCGGAGCAUGCGCUGAGGGCAGUGGCAGCGCGGAGCGCGAGAUACUGCUGCAGGCGGACAGCUCGAACGAAGUGGCGCAGUGGAUGGAGCUGCUACGGAACGUUUGCAGUGGCAAAGGAAGCGCCGGCGGUUCCAAUCUUCGCCAUCCGGUAAGUCACCGACCUGAUUAUAGCGUGGGUGGCGGAGGCCAGCAGGCGGAACCGCAGCGUGUAGCGGCCCAAACCAGCGUACAGGUGCAGAGCGUACCGACGACAGCAGGAGGCGCCAGCAGUGGCGACGGCGACGGAGGCUCGCCGAUCCUGCCGACGAAACCGAACCGAAAGUAUGCGCUCGGAGCCCGCUCACCGUCCGGCCAGUCGCCGGUCACCAAGAGCCGCAAGACGCCGCCGUCUCACGCACGUGGCACGGCGGAACCGGCGAGUGAGUCGGACCCACCGCUGUCGCCGUACGCCGGUCGCAGUCAGGGGACCCAGGCGCCCCUCGGGGGCUGCCCGCUCGUGCAGCAAUCGCUCGGAGGUAGUGGUGGUGGGGGCUCGGACCGCGAGAACGGAUCGCCCAAGUCGAAGACGUGGAAGGGCAUCGUGGCGCGCCAGUUCCGCAAGAUGCAGGGACAACCGGCCUCACCACCAAGCCAGCAGCAGCAGGAGCUGGUGGCAUGCGGGGCGUCGAUCAAUGUGCCACUGCCGCUGUGCCCGAUGUCGGAGGAACACCCGUACGUGCCGCUCGUGCUGGCCAAGUGUACCGCGAUCGUGGAAUCGAAGGGCCUGGCGGUGGUCGGCAUCUACCGCAUCCCGGGUAAUACGGCCGCGAUUACGCACCUAACGGAAACGGUAAACCGCGGGCUGGAUGAAGUCAGCCUGCAGGAUCCACGGUGGGAGGACGUGAACGUCGUGUCGUCGCUGCUGAAGUCGUUCAUCCGCAACCUGCCGGAGCCACUGCUGCCGAAUGCACUGUACGGUGGGUUCAUCGGGGCGGACAAGCUCGGCGGGCAGAAGCGGCUGAUCGAGCUGCGGGCACUGCUGCACCGCAUACCGCCGCUGAACUACGCGACGCUCAAGCACCUGAUGCGCCAUCUGCACCGCGUCAGCACGCACAGCGAGAUCAACCUGAUGGACCCGCGCAACCUGGCCAUCGUGUUCGGCCCAUCGGUCGUGCGCUCGGCGAACGAGUCGCUCGAAACCGCCGUCAAGGACAUGCGCCACCAGUGUCAGAUCGUCGAAGUGCUGAUUAACUACUAUCAAUACUUCUUCGAGGACGCACUGCUGCCGGCGAUGGACGAGAAGAUGAUCAGUGCCAGCGCCGUCGAGUCGGCGAUGGAAGUACCCCCCACGACCACGCUGCUACUGGACAAUGUGUCGAAACUGGAACCGUUUAAGGACUCGUCGUCGUCGGCCAAGGAAGGCAACGCUGGGUUUGUGGCCAACAUUGUGCAGGCGGCCAACCGGAAGAUUCGCCGCACCGCCCAGCGGAAGAGCGUCCUGUCCUCUACGACGCCCGACACACUGUCGCUCGACAGCACAACGUCGGCCGAAUCGAAGGAGCAAUCGCUGCGCAGCAUCACCCGUAACCGCGCUGUACCCCGCCGGUCACCGGCCGCCGUAUCCGGUGGCGGCCGUGGUAGCCUGAGCGAGGACAGUGUCACGGUGGCGCAUACCACUACUGGAGCGAUGGCCGAGGAAAGCUUGCUGCAGCUGCACCACCAUCACCAUCAUCAUCACCACUACUACCACAGCAAUCGGCACCACAGCGCCCAAAGCAACGACGAUGCGUCCUCGCUGCUGAACCGCUCGUCCGAGGACGACUCGAACGACAGUGCGUUCGCCGACAAUGGCUCGAUGUCCCUGAAGACGGUGACGAUCGCGCUGGACAACAAGCUGCGCUCGCUGCGCAACACCUCGAUCAACAGCUCGGACCCGGACGCCGUGCUCGAGAGUGAUGGGGAGCUGAGCAGCGGUUGCUCCGCCUCACUGACGGCACCGUCCAGCAAUGGACAACAACGUCGCCACUCGCUGCACCAAAAGUACCACAUCAGCCUUACCGCGCGCCCACUCACGCUGGGCGGCGAAAACAUACCGUACGCGGACGAGUCACCCGAACGGCGGCCACCGAACCAAGGACGCGCGGGCCCGGUUCUAGGGGCCGCCGAUGACGAAAGCAAUACGACGAAAGCGCACUGCUGCACGGAAAGCAAAACCAUCAGUAGUGGCAACGAUAACGAUAACAAUGGUAACAGCACGGCUUCUACUAAUAUUACUACUAACAGCAGCAGUCAGAGUGCUGGCCAGAGUGGCACCACGACUGGCGACAACAACAACGGGGACAACGGUAGUGGUGCUGCUACGUGCGAAGCGCACAGUACGGCCAAGCCCGGGCAGCCCCUUUCGGCCACCGUGAAAAAGGCAACCGUUUCGCCGCACCCCUACCGUCCGAUGGACAGCGGCAGCGACGCCUCGAGCAACAACUCGAGCACCAACGCCAGCUGCCUAACGCUGGUGAACGAGGUGAGCGUCGCCGCCGAACGAGGCGAGGACGAUGGUGGUCUUGGGUCAGUGGCACACGACGCCAAGAAGCUGCUGCAAAGCCCGGAGGCGCUACUCAGCUCGGACGAGACGGACUCGUCGACGACGAGCAACCCGUGCGAGAAGCGGACGGCAGCGGCGGCACCGGUUACCGCACCGUACCGCAUCGACACGGAGGUGCUGAAGAAGAUGAACCGCAUCCUAACGCAGCUCGAACGCAAGGCGAACAACCUCGAGCGCAAGUUCAACCUGAACCGCUCGCUGUCGCUGAAUUACAAGACGACGAAGGCGGUGGACUGUUGCUGUGGCCACCACGAUGCGGGCCCGAUGCUGGCGGCCCUCUCGUCGCAUACAGCACCGCUACCACAGCCACACUGCUUUCAAGCUCAGCAGCUCAUGCCGGCGGCCGGUGGCGGCGGCCCUGCCUGUCACGGUAGCACCGGCUGUAUGUUCGCCGGUGGCGGCGGUUGUCCGCCGCUAAGCCUGCGGUCACGCCUGUCGCUGACGAAGGACGAGAAGACGGAUAAAAACAUCAACCGGCGGCGUCAGAUUCACGACAUACACGCCACCACCGGCGGCAGCAGCAGUGGCGGUUUGGGUUGCCUUGUGACGGCCACUGCAGCCAGCAGCAGCAGCAGCAACGGCAGCAGUGCCACCAGCGGCAGCAGCAGCAGCAGCAGCAGCAGUAGCGGUAGUAGCAGCAGCAACAGCAGCAACAGCAGCUACGGUGAGCCCGUUACAGUGGGCCCACUCGCACCGGUGCUUCCAGCGGCGGCCAGUGGUCCGGGAGCCGCCAGUAGCCGGCACCGGCGGCACGGAAGCCGAUCGAUACGGCGCCGCCAUACGGUGGGCGGUACGCAUGAUUAUCUGUCGAACAAGAUGAACCCCGGUCACCAGCACCACCAUCAUCAUCACCAUCACUUGGGCCACCCGGACUGCUGUCCGGUGCCACGCAAUUAAUUCGCGGAUUUCUUCUCUGAUGGUGAAGUUUCUCUGAUGAUGAUGAUAAUGACGAUGACCACAACCAGCAUUAGAUCGCACGGUAGGAGCACAGACUAACCUUUUUGAUUAAUGGCGAAUGCGAAAGGAAGUACGCGGGGAGAAGGACAAAGAAAAACCGAUGAUGCUCACUGCUGCGCGCGUCUUGAGAACGAGAACGAGUAAACGAAAACAAGUUAAAUUUACGAUACCAAAAUUGUGAUAAUUUCUAGGACACAUGUGGAAAUUACUAAUCAUAUUGUGACAGGGUUGAAAGAG